AUGUGUGCACGCCACGCGGUUAUAGAUAUCGAAAGCAUACCGAUGGUACGGUACAUCGCGGUGGCCGGAGGAAACGUGACGCUCAGCUGUCCGGGCGUCAACGAGCACUCGCUGGUGGAUUCGCUCGUCUGGAGAACGAGUCAAACCGUAGCCGAAUACGUCAGCGGGGUGCCACUAGUUAGUAACCAGAGGAUAACACUGCUACCUGAUAAUUUUAGUUUGCACAUCAGGCCGACGGUCGCCUCGGAUACGGCCGAGUACAACUGCCUGGUGAACGACAGGCACAGCCCGGAAGCCAUCGUAGAUUUAUUAGUUCAAGAUGUUCCCGAACCAUCGGGACGACCGCUGGUGCUCAGCUUCACAUCACGUUCGGUCCAUCUGUCGUGGGCGCACUCGCAAGACCCUAGGAAUGCACCGGUUACCAAUUUUAUCAUCGAAACCAGAGUUGGCGAGAAUGGUGAUUGGGACGAAGUGGCUCCGAUCCGGACCAAGGGCAACAGCACCUCGUACCAGGUCGGUGGAUUGCUGCCCUUCACCGUGUACAGCUUCCGAGUGAUUGCCAUCAACGAACUGGGUCGCAGUCCACCCUCGAAGGAGUCCUACUACUUCGUUACACUGCGCGAAGCUCCAACGGGCAAACCCAUCACCACGAUCGCACACAACACCAGCGCCACGUCGUUGUACAUCUCCUGGAAGCCGCCCCCGCCGGACACCAUCCUGGGUGAAUUUCUAGGCUAUCGAAUCACGUACCGCACUCGGGACCGCAAUCCGGACGACGUCAAGGAAAUUUACAUUCGUGACAGCUCCGUGGAGAGUCAUGAAAUCCACAAUCUUGAAACGUACACACAGUAUCUGGUUUCAAUUCAAGUAUUCAACCCGGAAGGUUUGGGCCCACCAACAACGGUUCUGGUAAUGACGGACGAAGGAGUUCCCAGUAGGCCUCGAAAUCUGAGCAUCCUGGAGGUGACGUCGACAACGAUUCGCAUUAGCUGGCAGGAACCGGACCGAAAGAACGGUGUAAUCCACGGUUAUCGGGUUUAUUACGUGUAUCAGAAUCAGACGUUGCUGCAUUUACCCAUACUGAAAAGCGACGCCAUGCAGAACUCAAUCUACUACUACACGCUGUCCAGCUUAAAACCGUUUACCGACUACCGCAUCAUAGUGGCCGCUUUCAGUCUGAAAUAUGACGGCGAACCGUCGGAGGUGUCCAUUCGGACGGACAUCGCCGGCCCUAGUGCACCUCGCUUCGUCAAUCUGACGUGCUAUUCGGAGGACGCGCUGUUUCUUGCUUGGCGCAUUCCGCAGCACUUUUACAACUCCGUUAAUCACUACAUUGUCAGCUACCGCAACAUGGACUACACCCGGUCCCGGGAGAUUCGUAUUUCUGCGAACGCUUCCAUCGUAGAGACGUCCGUUGUUCUGCAGAACCUGACCACCGAUUCGAACUACGAGCUGAAGGUCCGGGCGGCGUCCAUCAGUGUGGUUAAUCCGAACAAGGUCAUCUUGGGUCCGUAUUCGGAAUCCAAAAAGAUUAUGCUGCACGCUAACUGCGAUCAGCAGCAGCCUCCGUCGCUUUAUCAUCACUACGCCGAUUACGAUUUGAUAGUCCUAGCCGGUGCUGUCAUCUGCUGUUUUGGUCUCCUGCUCAUAAUUCUAGCGAUCGUCUUGUGGAAAAAAUGCUUCACCACCAGCUACACUAACGAGUCGGAUUCGACCCAAAGCGACCUGAAGCAAUCGCAGCAGCAGCAGCAUCUGCAGCAGCAACACCAGCAGCAGACGCAGAUCGACUGGAAGGCGACCUGCGACACCAACGGUAUCAUCCAAACGACCGUCCCGGUGACGAAGAUCCUGCAAAACGGCAACCAUCGUCAUCUGACCAUCGAUGGGGACUGA